AUGUUUAAUAAUAAUUAAUAAAUCUAAAAUUCUUCUAUGCGUGAAAAAUAACCUCCUUAUAAAUUCUCUUCAGGUGCUAUUUAUGAAGGUGAAUGGUUAGGAGCUAUGAGAGAUGGUUAUGGAACUUAAACAUGGCCUGAUGGAGCAAAAUAUGAAGGAUAAUGGGUUCAGAAUAAAGCUAAUGGAAAAGGAAAAUUCUGGCAUGUUGAUGGUGAUAUUUACGAAGGAGAAUGGAAAGAAGAUAAAGCUAAUGGGUAUGGAGUUUAUAUACAUUUAAAUGGAGCAAAAUAUGAAGGGUAAUGGAAAGAUGAUUUUCAAAAUGGAUAUGGAGUUGAAGUUUGGGUUGAUGGAUCAAAAUAUGAAGGAUAUUAUAAUCAAGGAAAAAAAGAUGGAUAAGGCACAUAUACAUGGCCUGAUUAAUCUAAAUAUACAGGAUAAUGGGUUGAUAAUAAAAUUCAUGGAUAUGGAAUUUACACUUGGUAAGAUGGAAGAAAAUAUGAAGGAAAUUGGUAAAAUAAUACAAUGCACGGUAAAGGAGUUUAUACUUGGAAAGAUGGUCGAAGAUAUGAAGGUGAAUAUUAAUAUGAUAAAAAGCAUGGGUUUGGAGUAUAUACAUGGGCUGAUUAAAGAAGGUAUGAAGGAUAUUGGAAACAUGGAAAAUAGCAUGGGAAAGGUAUGUAUAUUUUAGCUGAUGGAACUAUUAAAUAUGGUAUUUGGGAAGAAGGUAAAAGGAUUUAAUGGAUCGGAAAGUAGGAAUAUGAUAUUUUGGAUAAUAAUAACUUUAAUUGA